CCGCUGGAAAGACUGUACACGCUGCCGGGCGGCUACGGGUUCGUGCCGGGCAUCAGCGAAGUGGACGCGGACGAGCUGCCGGGCAGUCAGGAAGGACCGAAGGACGACGGAAGCAACGAAAACUCGAACGAGAGCAGUCUGCAAACGGCAAUACUGAAAUCCGACACAUCGAACGGACCACCAACGACAACCGCGAAAAGCACUGCUAAACGAACGGAGCAGACUACAACCACCACCAUCAGCGGUGGCCAUGAGAGAACGCAAACAACAGCACCGACUGGUGCUGCUGCAGCAGCAUGCUUGAAAGGGCCCACCGGCACUACGAACACGAUCACCAAUGGCGGCACGUCUAAAGGAUACCGGACGUCCCGGACGAGCAAACAGUCGAUGAUACUGGCCAACGGGCGAGGCAAGUCGAACGCAGCCACUGCCGUGCGGCACCAAAACCACGGCGGCUUCCAUCCGACAGCGAACCAUCCUCUGCAUCACCAUCAUUACCACCAUCAUCAUCAUCUGCUGCUGCAUCCUUCAUCAGCGUUGCCGUCGUGUUCUACAGCGCCGCCACCACCACCACCACCACCACCACCACCCCCACUGAAGCACUAUCACAUUCCGCCCCAGGACACUUAUCACUCGCAGCAACCGUUGCAGCCCCUUCACCUGACCACGCUGCGCCUUGGCCAGGGCUCGUGCUACGCUCCUCCGCCGCCUCCAGCACUGCCAUCAUCAAGGAUGCAACCACCGCAAACGCUCUCGCUCGCUUUGCCUCCUUGCAAUGGAUCGUUCCUAGGGCAACUGUCCGCGUCCUCGUCUACCACCUCCUCGCAUCAUCACCACCACCAUCUUCAUCAUCAUUUGCAGUCAUCGAGCGGCAUUGCAACGAUUUCGUCUCCAAUGUCACCGCCCGGCUCUUGCUGCGGCUGCAUUACCCGACCGCACGAGCUGCACUGUUCCCAGUGCAAAGUGCCACCGGCCCCUUUGCUUCCAGGACAGCAGCAACAGGGUGCACGCACACCGACCGACGUUCCUACGCCGACGCUGGUGAAGGUGAAGGCCUGGUAUACGGUCACUAAGCAGGGCCUAACCUAUUGAAGUAUGCCAUGAUGCAAAGUGAAAACCAUCGGUAGCGCUUCCUCUUCAUACGCGAACAAGCGACACUCUUAAGAUAAUUCAGGUUCCGUUGUCCCCUCGUUAGACCUCCUGAUCCUUCGCGUUAGCGAUCUGUUUUAUUACGAUGGUGUAAGGGAAAUGUAUGUUGUGGAAUGAAGAUGCCACUUAAUUGCCAAGAAGACACUUCAAUAAGGAAGCUUUCUUCCUUAUCCUAAUCGUUUUCGUGAGGAGGAAACGAUCAUAUCUUUAGCACUGCUGAACAAUCCAAGUAGUCUGAUAAGUUGACUUUCUUCCAUGUUUCCGCUCGGUUAGCUCCCGAAAUUACCACAGCCAGUCCACCAGUGCAUGAUGAUGAUGAUGAUGAUGAUGGGAAAGGAAAGGGUAACACAUAUUCUAAAACUGAUCGACCGAAGGCGUUUGCCCCGGGCAAGACCUACAAAGGCUACCUAUAAGAGCAGCAGGCUAGAGAGAGAUAGAUAGAGAGAGAAAAAGAGAAAGAGAGAGACAGAAAGAGAAAAGUUGAUAGACGGAGAGUAAGGUGUUAAAGUUCCCACAAGUCCACUUAUGUGCCUUCCUAAUUUCGACUCCUAAGUGUAGGUUUAACUCGAUCUGUUUUACGAUAGAGCGUACGAUACAUACAGAAACACACCCAAACACACUAACACUCAUACUCACAAACAAUUGUAUGCAAAGUCUUGACAUUGCACUUUAUACUGCAGCAAACGUAAAUUGGAAUCCUUUAUGCAUGGUUAAAUCCUGCUUGGAAGCUGGCAACCAUGAUCACUGUUAAGCCAUUUACAACUGAGACAGCCAACAAGAGAGAAAGAGAGAGAGAGUUUUAUGAUGCAGCCACGUUUCCACGAACUACUAGUGGAGCAUGCUUGGAUAUCCUUAGAACUAGUCAAAACAAUAGGAGGGAAGCCGACCUACCCCACACAAUUCUGCUGUUAUGUAAAUGGUGCGCAACCUGACCACCAUGCCGACAUUAAUUUGUCACAGGGAGAAAAGAAAGAUUUCAUAAGGUAUAUAUAUAUCAAACACAAAUACAUAACUAUGCCAGUCAUCUCGAGGGACUCAAACGAAUCAAAUAAAUAAAUGAAAAACGAACUACUACUGCUGCUACUAGUUAUUACAACCACUGUUAUGCAAAACAAGCAACGUAUAGAAAAGAGAGAUUACAGAUUACAAUUAUAAAAUGCAAGCAACUAUAGAAAAACAAAACAUACAAUAAAAAAAAUGAUGAAUAUAGUAUGUAACGUAGUAUAAACUGAACUGCUCUUGCCGUAAAUGUUGACAAAACAAUAGAAUAAAUAUACGUUCUGAACGAACUCCCAAUUAAAGACGAUACCCGCAGUCGCUCGAAAUGGUUUUGAUUUAAAGUUUAAAUUAAAAGGCAAUAAAAAACAAACAUUUUCUUAUGCGACUUUCCAAAACAAACGUUGCAAACACAAUAACAAAAUGCCACUUCACUCAAGCAAAGGCAAAACGAUGUAUCGCAAGCAAUUAAUGAGACGAAAUAAAAAUGUUAGUAUUUACUUCCACGUAUUACAAAAAAAACAAACAAUAUUAUUGCUGUACAAGUGCACCAAAACCAAAUUCAAAAUCGGUCAUGCACUGCACAUAAACAAUGCUAGAGGAAAGUAAAUUCAAUCCCUCGCCUCCAAAGAGCAGUCAACGUUAACGUUAACGAGUAAUAGGUAUUCUUCUUGUAAAUCCGUGUUUAUUGUUACCAUAAGUGUCUCGUAACAACGUAACGAAACCAACACUCAGAAAGGAAAGGAACAGAACAACAGAGAAAAAAAAAACAUACACACAAACACAGAGUAACGUGAAUUGUUAAUCGGUAUCUGUAAGUCGCAAUGUAAUGUUAAACCAAAUCGUAUAGAAAUCGUAUUUUUCUUAUCAAACCUGUAGUCAUCAAAAUGUAUUAGUUAUGGGAGCAAAAACUAGUCAUUUUCGUAAGCCCGGACCGGUGGGGACAGUCGUCGGAGCGAAUCGAGAGUGUUCUAAGUGUUAAAUAAUCUAUUCGAAUAUUGUGUUACUGGUUAGCAAGUGUACGAACUCUAUAAGCUAUCGGAUCCAUAUUGAUAAUUAAAGGUGAUGAACACUCUUUGUAUCGCAUAUAUCAUCAUGAACUAAUAUUAUAUAUAUUAUACGGUAAAUGAGACAAGAAACGUGAAACAAAACAAAAAAACUCAAACGAAGCUUAAAAACGGUGGUUUGGGUUCAAAACCCUUUGCAAAACACUGCAACGAUAUCAUAGUGUCUAAUUGUUGAUCUAGAUGUAUAAUUUGUAAGAGAGCGUAGACAAGACAGUUUCGUAUGGAAAAAAGGGUGAACGAAUGUUAUAACUGCAUAAUCAAAACGAUCAAGCUAGUUUCAAGCGUAUGUUAAUGUGAGUAGAAAACAACCAAUCUACGUAGAACUAUUAUUUUUUACUAGCUAGAACAAUUUAACUAUGAGUUAAAUUCAAUUUAGUUUUAGUUUUAUAUUUUCUAAGGAAAAGCUAUAAUAUUACUUCCCUAUUACAAUUACUUUCAUUCGAGUGAGCUUUAAAACAAUCUGUCUUACUUUUGUACUACUAGGAGAAUACGGUUUUCCUCUAGAGCCUCUGUGCGAACUGGCUUUAUAGAUUGAUUGUUCAAUAUUCGAUGUAAUCUUGCCGAUCUUGCCAUGAAACCGUGAUAGAAAACAGGAAUACAGCAGCAGGUAUUUAAUACGAUUUGCAAGAGAAAAGGUAAACACAGAACGAAUUCACUCACUACUUGUUCCUAAGUACUUGCUGGCGCGUUAACACGUUAUGAUACGCGAUACCGGGGUGCGGUGUGUGAACUCUCAUCAUUGUGGAUGGACAACAAAAUGGGUGUCGGAAUGAACCACCACUAUUGUAUGGUCAUGGUACUGUUCUCAAUAAUAAAUCCUGAUGUGUAUAUUUGUUAGAAA